AAAUAAACCUCCGAAUAACUUUUAUUCGGAAGUGAAAAGACCGGGCCUAAAAAAACGUACCCAUCUCUCUUGGAGUGUGGAUGUGAAAUGCGUCAGGUCAGUAGUUCACUGUCCUUCAGUUUUAAUAUCUAACUUGGAGAAGAAGAAGCCCUAAAGUUAGGUUAACUCUCAGUUCAGUUUACUUUUUUUGCCAUAUUUUUUUACAUUGAUUUUGCUUUUUGGAUGUAGACAGACGUAGACGUAAACAUUAACCAAGGAAUAGAUAAUAGAUAUUCCUUGAUUAAACUAAACUGAAAUUGGUACAUAAAAUAAAAAUUAAUAAUAUGGAAAUAAAACAAGACACCAGUGAGAAAACUUGUAAACUAGAAAUAGAUAAUAUAGAUACCUGUGUUGAUCCUUUGGAUGGCUUCAAAGUAGAAAUAAAGGAAGAACCCAAGACAGAAACUGCUGCAGAUCAAGCAUUUGAUUAUUUGAACUUCAAUGAAUUCCCUGUAAACACUAAAGUAGAACAAGGUGAAUGUAUUAAAGAAAUAGAAACAAGUGAAGAAAAUUGUCCCCAGGAGGAUAACAAAAUAGACAUUAUGGAAACGUUACAUUCGUCUCAUAAAGAAAAAUCUACAGGUCAACACGUUGAAGGAACAAUAUUAAAUACAAAUAUGGAAUUUGGUACGGGACAGAGACCUUACCAAUGUGAAAUAUGUUUCAAGCAGUUUUCUCAAAUAAGCAAUUUGAAAUCACAUUUGAGAAUGCACACCGGUGAUAAACCGCACAAGUGUGAAGUUUGCUCCAAGCAGUUUUCUAGAAAAUACGAUUUAACUGAACAUACGAAACGUCACACUGGAGAAAAACUUCAUGGGUGCAAAACUUGUUUAAAGCAGUUUAUUUCUGCAAGGGAUUUAAAAACACAUUUGAAAACACACACUAGGGAAAAACUUCACAACUGUGAAAUUUGUUUUAAACAGUUUAUUCAAGCAGGUGACUUAAAAACACAUAUGAUGACUCACACUGGGGAAAAGCCUUACGAGUGUGAAAUUUGUUUUAAGCAAUUUAUUCGAGCAAGAGAUUUGAAACUACAUUUUAGAGUGCACACUGGAGAAAAGCCUUAUAAGUGUGAAAUUUGUUUUAAGCAGUUUCGUCACACAACUAAUUUGAAAACACAUUUGAAAGUUCACACUGGAGAAGCGCCUUACAAGUGUGAAAUUUGUUUUAAACAGUUUAGUCAAACAAGUAAUUUGAAAACACAUUUGAAAGUGCACACUGGAGAAAAGUCUUACAAGUGUGAAAUUUGUUUUAAAGAGUUUAGUCAAGCAAGUAGUUUAAAAACACAUUUGCCAGUGCACACUGGAGAAAAACCCUAUGAGUGUGAAAUUUGUUUAAAGCAGUUUGUUACUGCAAAUGAUUUGAAAAGACAUUCGAGAUGGCACACUGGAGAAAGACUUUACAAGUGUGAAAUUUGUUUGAAGCAGUUUAUUUCUUCUAGCGAUUUAAAAAGACAUUUGAAAACACACACUGGGGAAAAACUUCACAAGUGUGAAAUUUGUUUUAAGCAGUUUUCUCAAGCAAUUAAUUUGAAAAUACAUUUCAGAGUGCACACAGGAGAAAAACCUUACAAGUGCGAAAUUUGUUCAAAGCGCUUUGCUACUCAAAGUCAGUUGAGACAACAUUUGAAUACACACACUGGUGAAAAACCUUACAAGUGUGAAAUUUGUUUAAAGCUGUUUUCUGCAACAAGUACUUUAAACACACAUGUGGGAAUGCACAGUGACGAAAAAUCUUUCGAGUGUGAAAUUUGUUUUAAGCGGUUUACUGUUAAAAGUCAUUUGAAAAAACACUUGAGAGUGCACACUGGAGAAAAACCGCACAAGUGUGAAAUUUGUUUUAAACAAUUUGGUCAAGCAGGUCAGUUGAAAAUACAUUUGAGAGUGCACACUGGAGAAAAACCGUACAAGUGUGAAAUUUGUUUAAAGCAGUUUAUUACUGGAAGUGAUUUAAAAAAACAUUUGAGGGUGCACACUGGAGAGAAACCAUACAAAUGUGAAAUUUGUUUAAAGCAGUUUUCUUACACAAAUGCGUUGAAAAGACAUUUGAAGGUGCACAGUUAGCCCGAUCAGGGAACACAAAAUUUUACAAAAACCUCAAAAAAAAAUAAAGGAUGAUGAAAAUUUAGGAAUAGGUAGUUGAAAUUGUCUAUUAUUACGAGGGUCGUUUUUUUUUUCAACCUCCGUUUGUCCAUAAAAAAUUCCCGUGAAGCGUUUCGC